ACGGCAGUCAUUGGAUUUCUCUCGUUGUUGUCGUGUCUUUGGUGAAGAUUUUCCGGGACUCUGGUUCUUUUUGUGGUACGCAGAAGCGACGUUGCGCCCGGCUGGUGUUUCCGGUCAUGUCCGGUUUAACGCUACAGAAUGGCUGUCUGCAGGAUCUGGAUCAGGGGGAUAUUCUUGACCCUCAGUUUCAGCAGCGUUUGGAAGACGCCCGGACGCUGAAAAGGCAGGAGAUCCAGCGAGAGCUGAAGAUCAAGGAGGCAGCUGAGCGGAUGCGACGGGCAGUCACCAAUCGCAAGAGUGCUGCAGAUGUGGAGGGCCAACUCAAGGCCUCUAGUCGCAAACUGGAGCAGUUACACUGGGAGCUACAGGAGAUCAAUGCACGGUCUGUGGCCACAGAGAAGGACAGCACCACAGGAUGUGUGGAUAGUGUAGAUAACAAGUCACCAGAGUCAUGUCGCUGGGAAGAUGCCACAUCACCAAUCACCAGCCGUAUAAGCACCUUGGAGAAACAACUCACCAUGGAGACCAAAGUCAAGCAGGGUGCUGAGAACAUCAUCCACACGUACACCAACAGCUCAAUCAAGGACAGGAAGAUUCUGUCAACAGCCCAGCAGAUGUUGCAGGACAGUCGCACCAAAAUUGAGCUGCUGCGCAUGCAGAUUAUUAAAGUCAGUCAGGGCAGGGAGAGGGAACGGGACAGCACAUACGCUCACCCCGUGGAAAUGAUCAGUCCUGUGGAGCUGCGGGUGGCAGAACUUAUGCACCACAUAAACAUUGAAUCAGCUGUAGCAGAGGGAGCUAAAAAUGUGGUGAAGCAGCUGAAUGGGCGCAAGAUUCAGGACCGUCGCACGUUGGCAGAGGCUCAGGCACGGAUGCAGGAGUGCUGUCAGAAGGUGGAUUUGUUCCGUCUUUCUCUGGAGCAGCGUCUGAGUGAGCUGCCUCAAGAUCAUCCCCAACAUGCUGCCAUCAAGCAGGAACUUGUAUCAAGAUCAUCAACUUCCUACGGAACACCACAGAAACAAUCCAGCAUAGCUUCCUCUGCCUCAUUCUUCAAACCUGCCUGUCUAACAGGUCGGUUGGAUGUUUGUUUGAUGGGUUGUCAAGACCUGCUGGAGUCUGUUCCAGGUCGGAGUUAUGUGGCCGGCGUCUCAGCUACACCAGAUGGGAAGUCCCUGAAGGUUCGAGCUGCACUGAUGGGACGCAGCGUUAAUGGCAAAACGGCAAAGACAGAAGACCUGUCCAAUGAGAUCAGCGCUGUGCUGAAGGUGGACAACAGGAUAGUGGGACAAACGCACUGGAGACCACUGGGCAAAGAGUCGUGGGGCCAAAACUUCAGCAUCGAGCUGGAACGGUCCAGAGAGCUGGAAAUUGCGGUGUAUUGGAGAGACUGGCGGGACCUAAGUGGGGUGAAAUUUGUGCGGCUGGAGGACUUCCUGGAUAACCGUCAUCAUGGCGUCUGUCUCCAACUCGAACCGCAGGGAAUCCUCUUCAUCAAGGUGACAUUUCUUAACCCUGUCAUUGAGCGACGUCCUAAACUACAAAGGCAGAAAAGGAUUUUUCCCAAACAAAAAGGUAAGAACUUCCUGCGGGCCGCCCAGAUGAACAUGAACUUUGCCACAUGGGGCCGUUUGAUGAUGAGCAUCCUGCCACCCUGCACUUCUUUGGAGCCCUUGAGCCCUCCAUUAGCAGGCUCUACUGGACCCGCAUCUAUGAGUUCUACACCACGAGAAUCUGUGGUCAUGAGUCUGGAUUUUUCUGAAGAACGACCAAGAUCUCCACAUCUGGCAGAAAAGAUGAUCAGAAAUACUCCAGUGUUUGCAGCGGACAACAGGAACUUAAAGUCCAAGGACCAAGACACGAGUCAUUUAAAGAGACGCGAAGGACUGCAAAUGGAGGACUUUACCUGGAUUUCAGUUCUGGGACGAGGUCACUUUGGAAAGGUUCUACUAGCAGAGUACAAGAAGUCGGGCAAACUGUACGCCAUCAAAGCUCUGAAGAAAGGCGACAUUGUGGCACGUGAUGAAGUUGACAGCCUCAUUUGUGAAAAAAGGAUCUUUGAAAUAAUCAACGCUUGUGGCCAUCCUUUCCUGGUCAACCUGUACGGCUGCUUCCAGACUCUAGACCAUGUGUGCUUUGUGAUGGCCUACUCUCCCGGAGGAGACCUCAUGACUCACAUUCACACCAGCAUCUUCACUGAGAAACAGACCAGGUUUUACUCAUCCUGUGUGCUGCUCGGCUUGGAGUUCCUCCACCUAAAGAAAGUAGUUUACAGGGAUUUGAAGUUGGAUAAUCUUCUGAUGGAUGCAGAUGGGUUUAUCAGGAUCGCAGACUUUGGCUUGUGCAAGGAAGGUAUGGGACACGGGGACCGCACGUCUACAUUCUGUGGCACUCCAGAGUUUCUUGCUCCAGAGGUGCUGACGGAGAACAACUACACCCGCAGUGUGGACUGGUGGGGGCUGGGUGUCCUCAUCUACGAGAUGCUGGUGGGCGAGUCGCCAUUUCCUGGUGAUGAUGAAGAAGAAGUGUUUGACAGCAUCGUCAGUGAUGAAGUACGAUUCCCACGCCGCCUUUCUCCUGAACCAGUGUCCCUCAUCCAAAAGCUGCUGCAGAAAAAUCCUGAGGAGAGGCUCGGGGCAGGAGAGGAAGAUGCUUCUGAGAUUAAGAGACACAAAUUCUUCCAGGGAGUGGACUGGGAGGCCUUCAUGAACAAGAAAGUGAAACCACCCUUCCUGCCAGUCAUCAAGGAUCUGCGGGACGUCAGUAACUUUGAUGAGGAGUUUACGAGCCUGAGGCCGGUCCUCACCCUUCCACGGACACCGCACGCCCUCACCGCUGAGCAGCAGCAGAUCUUCUCUGACUUCGACUUCUCCUGCAUAAGCUGACAGCUGCUUUUGUCACGUUCUUCUGAUGCAACACAGUGAAAAGCUAGUUUUGUCUUUUUCAAGGAUCAUGUGAUCUGUGUGGGUGUGGUUACGACAGAAGACUACAAAGUGUCUCAGCCGCCAGUCUGUCACACAUUUGGACAAUAACUGUCUCAUCCCUCGAUCAAACAUUUACUCUUUGUUCCUGUUGGUAAGCUUUCGGCACAACAGGUUGAAGGUUUCAACGUAUGAAGUGUCUCCAGUGGAAUAACGACGUCUUGAUUUCUUCACAAAUACACAUUAUGCCAGCAGUGACCCGGCCGGGGUCACAAAUGACAGUGAAUGUAUGAAAAUCUGAAACCUGUGUGCAGCACAUCUGGCCUUCAGAAUAAAAGCAUGGGAUCACUGCCACCUGAAAUCAAACACAGACUGAUCAUCCAUCCUUUAAUAUUCAGAUCAGACGUGACCAUGUUCCAGUUGCUCUCCAGCCUUUGAAUAAUUCAGCUUUUCCUGUUUGAUUCAGCGGGAGCGGUUCUCUCAAGGUCAUUACUACCUUUUGUGUUGGUUUGUUUUGUUUGUCUCUUACCCCCCCUCCCACACACACACACACACACACACACACACACACACACACACACACACACACAGACUGACUGAAGGGAAUAAAAACUCCCAUCUACUUGGUAUUGACUAAAGUUAUGAGUGUUACUGGAAGUAAAAAAAAAUGUAUUUAUGCAUGUAGUAAGUUUAUCUCCACAUCAGUUAAUUUCUUGUUGUGAAAUGAAUGUGUGGUGGAAAAUAAACUGCUAGUAAAUGAGACUUUAAGAGUUUUCAGCAGGCUGUAAUGAUCUAAUCAGUUAAUGAUUCAAAUAUUAAAUGUACUUUUCUCAGCAUCUUUAAAGUUGCCGUUUUUACACUUGUUAUGGAAGUAUGAAAGCUUUACUAAAACAGAAGUUAUCAGAUGGCUGAUAACUUUACUUUUAUUUUGACUUCAUGAAAUCAGUCAUACCAGUUGAAUUUACUGCCCGAGUGAGUGAUGAAAUAUCUCCAACACUGGUCGUGGCGAUAUUGUGGAAAAUGCAUUUUUGUACUAUAUUUUACUUGACCUUUCACCAGAUUGUUCUGAAAGCUGAUCAGCUGGAGACACUAACAUAACUAAAUGGUCCCAAGUUGGUGCAAAUCCAUCGUAGUGUGCCCCCACCUCUCUGUACUGGCUGUGUGCAGGCUGACACAUCCUCACUUCUGUUCUGAAGGUCAGAUGUAUGUCUUGUAAAUGUUAUUUCUCUUUUUCUUUUCUUUUUUUUUGCCCUUCUGUCACAUGACUAUGAUGAUGUAGCACAGACUGUGUUAGAAGCACAGAUGUGCCUCUGCUGAAUUUGUACAUUAAAUGAAAGUAUGUUUUA